UGUGACAGUUGGUGUUUACGUUGUCAUAAACGUGGAUGUGAGUCAGAUAAUCGAUUCUGUUGUCUGCUUUUUGCAUCAUGGGAUGUAGCAUCAGUCUCUGGGAACACUGAAGGAAGACUUUACCUUACGUUACAUCGAAAGCCGGAAAAAUCUGGCGGUUUGUUUUUCUCGAAUAAAAGAAAGGCAGCCUAAGCUCUUCCUAGCUCACCGAGGGAGUGCACCUUUUGUGUCAGACGGCUGUGUUGUUUUUUUAAUCGUGUCAACAUGGACAUGUACGGAUACAGCGGGGUCUUCUUGGUGAAAAGAUUCCUGGACAAUGGCGUUUUUGAAGUCACAAACAUGUCUGACAUCAGCAAGUUGAAUCCUCACGGCUGCGAUAACGGAGCCCUGACGGACAGGUUCGGCGUCUUGAUCCAGGGACUCCUGGCUUUCGUUGCCUUCAGUACGCUGAUGUUGAAGAGGUUCCGGGAGCCUGUAGGGAUCAGACGACCAUGGAGAAUCUGGUUUUAUGACACAUCCAAGCAGGCCAUCGGUGCUCUUUUCAUCCACUUUGCCAACGUCUUCCUGUCCACGCUCACCGAAGAGGACCCGUGCUCCCUGUAUCUGAUGAACUUCCUGCUGGACGCCGUGCUGGGGAUGCUGGUCAUCUGGCUGGCCGUGAAGUUGGUGUCCAAACUAGUGGAGUACAAGCAAUGGACGUUGCUCAUGUUUGGCGAAUAUGGCGACCCUCCCCAGGCUGCAGCCUGGCUGGGUCAGUGUGGCAUCUACCUGCUCAUCAUGGUGCUGGAGAAAGGUGUCAUCAGCCUGGUGCUGCUCGUCCCCGGAUGGUCCAGAUUGCAGGAGGUGUUGCUAAGCUACAUUGCUAACCCUCAGCUGGAGCUGGUACUGGUCAUGCUCAUUGUUCCCUUCAUAGUGAAUUCCAUCAUGUUCUGGGUGGUGGACAGCCUGAUGAUGAGGAAGUACAAGACGAUGAAGAGCCUGGAUGACUCCUGCGACAGCGCUUCGAAGAAGGCCGACUCGCUGCCCUGGGCCAACAGUGAAGAGUCAUUGAUCCUGCUGGCUGCAGAGACAGACACAGACGAGGCUUCAGAGGGGGAGGAAGAGCCAGGCGAUGACGGACCUGACCCUUAUGUUCAGUAUUCUGGAGGACCGCUGAGACCCAGCUGGGUGGUGGUAUAAACCCAGGUGAUGCUACCCAUCUGUCCUCUAUCCGCACACAACACAACUCUUUAGAGCCUAAAUAUGAGCAAACGCAAACAAGCCUUGCAUCCGUAACUCCUCAAGGGUCUAACUAUCGGCUUCCUUGUAAACAAAGGCACAAUUAAAAGGUCUUAUAACCUGUGAAUGUGAACAUUACAGCCUGAGCUGCCUUCCUCUGCACUGAACUGGAGCUUGACUCAGUGCAUGCAUGUAAAUCAAAUAGCAUUUUGUGGCAAGGAAUUUAGAAGCUCUUUAUCCUCUCACCUUGCUGCCUCCGUUUGCUGCAAGAGAACAUUAGAGCAACCACAACUGAACGUGUUUGGAGAGAGAUUAUUAAGAAAGCAGCGGCCGCAGGGCAAACCGUGCGGGUGGGAAUGACGAGCUCUGAGAUAAAUCUGUCUUCUCUUCAGACUGGGGACUUUUGGAAAUGAUGUUGCUCUAAAGAGAGUCAUUUAUUGUGUAUCAUAUUGCAAAGAGAAGCAAGUGAUUAAAAUGUUCUAAGAUUUUACUCCGUCAAAUAUAAUCACUUUUAAUCCACCUUUUUAAUUAAGGUGUAAUUAUAGUAAUUCUGGCGAUUUCUUCCUCUGGCUGCUUACUUUAAGUCUGAAAGACUGUUAAUGGUCUCUUUUUUUUUUUUUUUUUAAACCAUGCAUACGCUACCAGUCAAAAGUUUGGGGUCACUUAGAAAUUUCCAUUACACUCCAUUAUAGACAGACGGUAUUCUGUCUAUAAUGGAGUGGAAUGGAAAUUUCCCCAAACUUUUGACCGGUAGUGUAUAUUGAUUUUAUUGGCUGCUGCAGUCAAGAUGGACCAAACACGUUGAAAGCAGUGGUUAAAUGAAAAGUUUUAGUUCUUUGCAACAGGCUUUUAAAAGCAUUUUAUAUGUGGGCAGGAAAUUGUUUCAUGUCAUGGUUUAAAGGACCAGGUCACACUACGUUUCUGCUUCUGAUUUUCAUAUUUCUUGUAAACGAUGGAGGCUAAACCCCUGAGAUUUUCAGAAUAAUGUCGGAAUAUUUUGAGAAAAAGCUGUGAAAGAGGAAAAACAGUGCCAAUUUUAAAAGAAAAGGUUACAAGAGUAAAGUCAUAAUGUCAAGAGAAAAAUGUAAUUGCAGGCAAGCUGUUUCCCUCGGUUUCCAGUGUUUGUGCUAAGCUAAGCUAACCAUCUUCUGGCUGUAGCUUUGUAUUCAAAAGACCGAUAUCGUAGCGGUAUCGAUCUUCAGCAAAAAUGCGAAUAUGCAUAUUUCCGAAAACCUAUUGCUUUUUAAAAUGAAGUUUUAUGAUACGUUUUUAGUAAAACAACCUUUUUCUUGAAAUCUUACGUCUUUAUUCUUGUUACUGUUUUGUUUUUUAUCAUAAAGUUAAGCCUUUAUUUUUUAUCAAACUUACAACUUCCCUAUCAUUCCAUCAUAUCAUCAUUCCAUUUUUUUUCCCUCAAAAUAUUAUGACUUUAAUCUCAAAAUGUCCAAUUUGUUUUCCCUAAAAUUGGUCCUAAUACUCUUUCAUAGUAAUUCUCUGUGGGAUGAUUCAGUAGCUGUGUAUCAAAACUACUGCAAGUUAUGGCACAUUUCUUUUAUUUAUUGUGUUCAUAUUUAAUAUGUAUUUGACUUUAUGUAUUGUGGUCCAGUCUGUGGUAACAACAUUGGAACAGGAAGUUUUUAGCCAAUAUAGCAAAUGAGAGAAUUUUAAGAGUCAUCGCCGAACUACAGGAGGUAAACAUUUCCAUUCUCCUGUUUGCAUUCACACUUUAAAAGCCAAAAGGUCUACAGUUUGACAUAUUCCGACUGUAUCGUUUUAUUAAUAUUCCAAUGUAUCUUGUGUAUUUUCUUUUAUAAACCCAAUUAUGAACAUGUGGAUAAACUGGCACAGCACGCUCUGUCAUUAACGGGCCUGUAAAGUGCCACGGUGCCUCUUACCGAAUGCAUCUCUUUAAUCUGUACUAUGAAUAAAGAUGAUUGACACAUGAA